GCUAUGUAUAGUCAAUGUAAACAACAUGUGACUUACGUUGAGUAUGCGCGGCACGCAUGUUUACACCGGAAAAUGCGCAAUCGUCGAAAAUACCCCUACGUCGAAAUUACCCGAUGUCACGAUAAUGCAUCCAAAAAAAUCAAUCUAAAAACGAGUUACAUGUUCCUAGCUUAAAGAUCUAGCAUCUUUUUUUUCUAGCCACAGGAAUUUAAAGCUAGUUCAGAGGCUGUGGAUGGGGUGUCUGCUAACUGGCUUAGUCACUGGGAGUGGGAGGUCUCUAUAUUGAUCCCUUUAGUGGGUGCAUUCUUAAGAUAACCCUGAAGAUAAACUAUGGUGUACCAUUUGGGUUGAAAGUCAAGAAGACCUACAAGAUGAAGAAGAAUGUCCUGUAAAAUCAACUUCCAAAAUUUGCUUCACCAGCCAAGAUGAAAAAAAGUUGCCAAAUCGAUGCCUUGGCAUAAAUGGAUAUGUGAACAAAAAUAUUGACUGUGUCAUUUCCGAAACACACAUUGAUGGUGAAGUUGCAUGUCAAAGUGAAAUGAGCUUGGUUGAAAUUGAAUGUGGGUCGCUUCCAAAACGUUUGAAGAAGGUACGUAAUGCAAGCGAUGCAAAUCACAGUCACAAUGCUUGCAACCCAAGGUCACAAGGUUACUCCUCAGAAAGUCUUCUCAAUUCUCAAUCAUCUAACACAAAACCAGGGUCUUUGGAUUGCUUCAUUACCUGUGACAAUAGCUAUAACCCAGAGGAAAGUGUCAACGAUAAGAAUUGGCCAUUGUACCAAUUCAGACCGGGAUAUCUAUGGGUAUCAGAUCUCACUAGACAGCACUGGUGUGAACAGCAACUCCAUUACUCGCUCACUGUUCCAGGACUGGUAGAGGAGAAGCCUGUGAUGACACAGGGCACCAAUCUACACCUUGAAAGAGAAUUGGCAGUACAUGAUAUUGUUGAUGUGAAAGUCACUUCAAAUGAAGACAUCUGGACAAUAAAAGUUUUGAACAUGAUUAAUGCCAUAGCAGGUUUCAUGAAUGGUGGAUCAAUUGCAAGAGAAGUACCAAUUUUUGGGGCCCCCUUCGAAAAGGAUGUUUUUAUUGUAGGCCUUAUUGAUGAACUACGCUUUGACCCAAAGGAGUUUAGUAUUGAGCUAUGGGAGUUAAAAACUAGGAUGAGAAAAUCGCUGCCAUCAAAAGCUCAAUGUUCCCAGCAUCAAUUACAAAUCAUGCUUUACAAAAAAAUGUUUGACGACAUGGUGAAGGGGCUUUUAAAGAAGGACACAAUUGCAAAGCAUCUUUGUUUGGAUUUUCAGAAGGAAUUUGGUGAGGAUAUUCAAAGCCAUGCAUCCAGACUAUUCCUGUCAAGUACAAAUUUAGAGGAGCUAAUGGAGGAUUUGUUUACUAGGAUGCAAUGUUUGACGUGCAUUCAGAGCAUAGGCGUAGAGUACGUGCAUCAAGACACCAAGGAGACCAUUGGAAUGAAGCGAGAAGUGUAUAAUGAGACAGAAUUGCAGAGGCUAUAUAAUCAUUAUCUUGGGUUUUGGUGUGGGGACCGAAAGGCAGUGGGCGUUGAAAUUGAAGACGCCUGGAAGUGUCAAUCAUGCGACUACGCGGACAUUUGUGAAUGGAGAAGACUCAAAGCCGAGGAGUGUGUACAGAAGAAUUCAAAGACUUAGUAAACACUUCAUUAAUGAUAGUGAAAAAUACAUUUGAUUUUAUAUACCAUAUUUAUUUACCAGAAAUAAACAUUCUUGACUGUAUGAUUUUUUAUUUUAUAAAUUGUAUUCUACAUGUAUUUAAAAAUAUCAUAAAGUUUGUAAGGCAUGCCAUGUUUAUCAGUUGCUCAAAAUGUAAUAACAAAUGUACUAUGUAACUAGGUGCAAAAUAGUGAUGUACCAGAACAAAAUCAUGACUGUGGAAUCAGGAAAAUAAAUUUAUUUAAUUGUA